GUUAGUUACCUAGGUUAGUUACUACCUAGGUUAAGAACUUCUUACUAAGUUCUUCCUAGCACAACUCCCACCUCGAUGGCUUCGUUUUGGACAUACUAUUACAGACUCUAAAUCCCUGCUGCAGAUGUCAACGCUGAUGUCCGAGCCUUUUGGCUCAUCUUAUUUCCUUAAUUAAUUCUAAAAUUACUUUGCGUACCCUCAUAUCACAAUGCGCGCCACAACGGCUUGUCUGAGCAAGGGUUUCCUGGGCCGCAGUCUCGACGAAUUCAAGCGCCUCUCAAAUAUAGCAUUAAAUCUUGAAGGCAUAAAAGGACCCUCGGGUCCGCUUCCCCUCCAUGACUUCCACAAGCCCGAUUCCCUCGAGGAGUGCAAGUUGAUGUCCGACGUCGACAUCGGCGGGUUCUCUAAGGCUGCGCUGGAUUGGAUACCCCCUUCCCCCGGGGACAACACCCACGGCUACGCGCGCUUCCACGGCAACAUAUCAACUGCCCUUCCCCCCCACAGACCCGAGGUCCAGCGAUCCGGCUACGCCGCAUGGCGAACCCUCGAUAAGCCCCCGACCAUCUUCGGCCGCGCGCUCUGGAACAUCGACAUGUAUACGUAUCUAGGCAUGCGCAUUAAAUCCGACGGGCGAAGUUACUUCGUUAAUGUGCAGACGGAGUCAAUUGUACCUACAGACUUGCACCAGCAUCGGUUAUUUGCCAAGCGACCUGGGGAGUGGGAGACGGUUAUAAUCAAGUGGAACGAUUUCGUGCGGACGAACCACGGGUUCAUGGUUGAGCCGCAGGCGGAGAUUCUACGGCAGAAAGUUAGGUCGAUAGGUAUUGGCUUGACGGACCGCGUGCCGGGGCCGUUCGAAUUGUGCAUUGAGAGGAUGUGGGCUACCAACGAUAUGAGUGAGGGAGACGAGCAUGUAGAGCCGUCUGUUAGCAGAGAAGGACAACUUAAGGAUAAGAAGGGGCGGCUUAUUAACUGGGCCGAUAAAUAAUCUGCGAAUGUGUUGGAUAUUU